AUUUAAGCGGACACGUUGCACGUUUAAAUUAGUUUCAACGAACAGCACUCACUGACAACAUCGUAUUAAAAAUGGUUCUCUCCAUGGACAGAUGGGUGGGCAAAGUUGCCGUUGUUACUGGUGCUAGUUCUGGAAUCGGAGCCGCUAUUGCAGAUGCUCUCGUAGAACAAGGCUUAAUCGUACUAGGUGUGGCUCGUCGCUCUGAACGUAUAGAACAACGUGCCAAGCAACUCUCAGGCAAAAAAGGUAAACUCCAUGCCAUCAAAGCUGACUUAACCAAAGAGGAAGAUAUUCUGAAAAUUUUUAAAUGGUCGAAAGAAAAUUUGGGACCCGUUCAUAUUCUUGUCAACAAUGCCGGAAAAACGGCUUCAACAAACCUAACAGAAGGCAAAACUGAAGACUGGAAAUCAGUUUUUGAUCUAAACGUCAUAGCACUGAGCAUUGCCACACGAGAAGCAGUCAAAAUCAUGAAAGAGAACAAAAUUAAUGGCCACAUCGUACACGUUAACAGCGUUUUGGGACAUCAAGUGUUGUAUCCAGGACUAAGCAUGUACCCUCCGUCGAAAUUUGCUGUCACCGCUCUGACUGAAAGUUUGAGACAAGAAUUGAAUCAGCAAGGUCUUAAAAUAAAAAUUACUAGUGUUAGUCCUGGAUUGGUUGAAAGCGAAUUGAGUACUUUAAAUCCGAAUCUUACUCCCGAGAGAAGAGCUGCUAUGGAACAGAUGCCUAUAUUGAAAAGUGAGGAUAUUGCUGAUGGUAUUGUGUACGCACUCUCGACGCCGGAGCAUGUUCAAAUCCACGAACUUACUAUUAAGCCUCUUGGUGAAAAGGUCUAAAAAAACUGGUCAAUGAAAUACAGACUGCAAGAAAUGUUGGAGCUUUAUAUUUAAUUCUAAAGAACGUGUUAUGUAAACGGUUAAAAAAUAAAUUGUUUGUUGAAACCUAAAA